UGUAAAAGGUAAAGAGGGUGCCAUUAGAGGACCAUAUAAGUUAUGGUUCGUAGUUUCCAUAUCAAAAGCAUCCAAUUCCAAGUUGAAAAGUUAAGGUGUAGAAAGCCUACAAAUAUCUCUCACAACAAGAUAAUGAAGAGCGGGAACGCUACAACUACCAACCGUUUGAUCCAUGAUCAGUCUCGCCAUGGCUUCCACCUCCUUCACUUCUCCUUCACUCAGACGCUCACAAUUUCAUCCUAUUUUUCGCCAAAAACCAAAAUGCAUACCUCACUCUGUCUUUGUCUGCUCCUUCAAUUUCCCAAGUCCAAAACACAAAACUUUUUCUCAUUUCAAUCCUAAGUUCCCCAUGUCGUCCAAAGAAACGUUUCUUUCUGGUCGCAAGCUCGGAUUCGAUGUUGAGUUUUCUGCUGGACAGGAAGCAGAGUCGUUUGUACCUGACGCGACCCAGCAGGAGGCUUUUGCUUGGUCUUCUGUGAUCUUGCCGUUUCUUUUCCCAGCUUUGGGAGGAUUGCUAUUUGGGUAUGACAUUGGUGCCACUUCUGGUGCUACCAUAUCAUUACAGUCGGCUGAGCUCAGUGGGACAACAUGGUUCAACCUUUCAGCUAUUCAGCUUGGACUUGUGGUCAGUGGUUCUCUUUAUGGAGCGCUCCUUGGUUCCCUUCUUGUCUACCCAAUUGCAGAUUUUCUAGGAAGGAGGCGAGAACUUAUUACAGCAGCUGUGCUGUAUAUAUUUGGUGGUCUGACCACUGCUUAUGCACCAGGCCUUGGUGUUCUUUUAGUAGGACGCCUUCUCUAUGGUCUUGGCAUUGGCUUGGCCAUGCAUGGUGCACCUCUCUAUAUUGCAGAAACCUGUCCAUCACAGAUUCGUGGAACUCUAAUAUCUCUGAAGGAACUGUUCAUAGUUUUGGGAAUUUUGUUGGGAUAUUUUGUGGGAAGCUUUCAAAUUAAUUCAGUUGGGGGGUGGCGUUACAUGUAUGGACUAAGUGUCCCAGUUGCUGUAAUUAUGGGACUAGGCAUGUGGAGUCUCCCACCCUCUCCACGUUGGUUACUUCUCAGGGCAGUUCAAGGUAAAGCAUCUUUACAAGACUUCAAAGAGAAGGCCAUUUUUGCCUUGAGCAAGCUAAGGGGCCGACCUCUUGGUGACAGAGAAUCUGAGAAGCAAAUAGAAGAUACCCUUGUCUCGCUGAAGUUCCUCAGUUCAGAGGAGGAAUCCGAGGGCAGUAUCUUAGAAGUGUUUCAAGGACCAAAUUUGAAAGCCUUCAUUAUUGGUGGAGGUUUGGUGCUUUUCCAACAGAUAACUGGGCAACCAAGUGUUUUAUACUAUGCCGGCCCAAUUCUUCAGGGUGCUGGAUUCUCUGCUGCUGCUGAUGCCACCCGAGUUUCUGUGAUUAUUGGUUUGUUCAAGUUGGUGAUGACAUGGAUAGCUGUUGCAAAAGUUGAUGAUCUUGGAAGAAGACCUUUGCUGAUUGGAGGUGUUGGUGGGAUUGCUCUCUCCUUAUUUCUGCUUUCUGCUUAUUACAAAUUUCUUGGAGGGUUCCCAAUUGUUGCUGUAUCAGCUCUGCUUCUCUAUGUUGGUUGCUACCAGAUAUCGUUUGGGCCUAUCAGUUGGCUAAUGGUGUCAGAAAUUUUCCCACUUCGCACUAGAGGAAAGGGAAUAAGUCUUGCAGUUCUUACUAACUUUGGUUCCAAUGCUAUUGUAACCUUUGCAUUCUCACCAUUAAAGGAACUGCUUGGAGCUGAAAAUCUUUUCUUUCUUUUUGGGGCUAUUGCAUUGGUGUCCCUCUUAUUCACCAUAGUCUUUGUCCCAGAAACUAAAGGUUUGAGUUUGGAGGAAAUUGAAUCUAAAAUCUUGAAAUAAAGGCUCUCAACUGUUGGAAACUUCUGUUAGUAUGCUUCUGGCAAACGUGUUUGUGAAUAUCACGUGGAAAGUAUGCAUCUUAGAAGCUGUUUAAUAAAAUAAGAAUAUUAAAUUGGAUGUUGUAUGGAUGUUAAUGGAUCUUCUAAGUGACCAUAAACCUAACGUUUUGUUUAUUUUGUUCUA